AUGAAUUUUGUACCCAAAUCCCUGUAUUUAUUUCGACAUAUACAAUCAAACCAAGUUUUGUGUUCCAUGAAACAGGUUUUGAAGCCAACACAAUUGUUUCAAUUACCAUUCGCAAGGAAAGAACAAGGAACAGCUCCUUAUGGAAUGCGCCCUGCAAGGAUUCGAAAGGAUCACUGGGUUCCAAUUUUGAAGGCGGAUUUCGAAAAUGAUCAAGUUGUUACAUCUGUGGUGUCUAAAUUACUCAAUUAUCGUCGAUAUCGGUCCGUUCAACCAUUAAGCAAGGAAUUUUUGGCUAUGCCCGUAUCUCAAAGAAACCGUUUAUUGAUGCAACAACAGGUCCCCAACACAAUUGCUGAUUUGGCCGACAUUCUUAGAAACAAAGAACUUUCAAAUGGAUCCGUCAAUAUUCAGUGGAAAGAUCAGACAGACAGUGAAUAUGCGGAUUGGCCUGAAUCUGUUAAAAUGGACUCCAAACGAAUUACAACCACACGCGGUUUCCGGCCCUCGUACCCUUCCUCUUCUUCUGCUAUCAAAAGCAUCGACACAACGGCAAAUGCCUAA